AGUUUUUAAAUUUCAAAAAAAGGGUUUCAUUUCUUCACUUUCCGUUCUUUUUUUUAUUUUCUCUUUUGGAGAUCAUCUAUCUCUGGUUUUCCUUUUUUUUUGAUUCCUUUGGCUCUUGCGCAGCUAGCAAAACAAGAUGGCAGAUGGCGAGGAUAUUCAACCACUCGUAUGCGAUAAUGGAACUGGAAUGGUUAAGGCUGGAUUUGCCGGUGAUGAUGCUCCAAGAGCUGUGUUCCCUAGCAUUGUAGGUCGUCCGCGUCAUACAGGUGUGAUGGUUGGCAUGGGUCAAAAAGAUGCAUAUGUUGGGGAUGAAGCUCAGUCCAAGCGUGGUAUUCUGACUCUAAAAUAUCCUAUUGAACACGGUAUUGUCAACAAUUGGGAUGAUAUGGAAAAGAUCUGGCAUCAUACCUUUUACAAUGAACUUCGUGUGGCUCCAGAAGAACACCCGGUUCUUCUCACUGAGGCACCACUGAACCCGAAAGCCAAUCGUGAGAAAAUGACCCAAAUCAUGUUCGAGACCUUCAAUGCUCCUGCCAUGUAUGUUGCUAUCCAGGCUGUUCUCUCCCUCUAUGCUAGUGGCCGUACAACUGGUAUUGUUCUGGACUCUGGAGAUGGUGUGAGUCAUACUGUCCCCAUUUAUGAAGGAUAUGCCCUCCCACAUGCCAUCCUCCGUCUCGACCUUGCAGGUCGUGACCUUACUGAUGCCCUUAUGAAAAUCCUGACUGAGCGUGGCUAUUCGUUUACCACUACAGCUGAGCGUGAAAUUGUGAGAGAUGUGAAAGAGAAACUGUCAUAUAUCGCACUCGACUUCGAGCAAGAGCUUGAAACUGCCAAAACUAGUUCUUCCAUCGAGAAGAGCUAUGAGUUGCCUGAUGGCCAGGUGAUCACCAUUGGGUCUGAGCGUUUCCGAUGCCCAGAGGUCCUUUUCCAGCCUUCCAUGAUCGGAAUGGAAGCUGCUGGCAUCCACGAAACCACAUACAAUUCUAUCAUGAAGUGCGAUGUCGAUAUCAGGAAGGAUUUGUACGGAAACAUUGUCCUCAGUGGUGGAACUACCAUGUUCCCCGGUAUUGCAGAUAGAAUGAGCAAGGAAAUCACUGCAUUGGCCCCGAGCAGCAUGAAAAUUAAGGUGGUGGCUCCACCUGAAAGGAAAUACAGUGUCUGGAUUGGAGGCUCUAUCUUAGCAUCCCUCAGUACUUUCCAGCAGAUGUGGAUUGCUAAGGCAGAGUAUGAUGAAUCUGGCCCAUCUAUUGUGCACAGGAAGUGCUUCUAGUUCUUCACAACGCAUGAGGUCCUACAAGCAAAGCUUAAGAAAGAAUGGAGAUGAUGAUAAGAGCUUCAACAUUCAUUCGUUUUUAUUUUUAUUUCUUCCAAUUUAGCAGAUGUUUUAACGAUUUUCAUUCAAUGAAACGGCAACGGAUUUGUGAUUUAUUAUUUCUCUAGCUUUUCUCCGUUUUGUUAUGUACUCCUCAGGGACAUUUUGAACUCUCCUAUCAAUGUUAUUCUUUUGUUUUCUUUUUAAAGAA